AUGGACACGUGCUGCCUAGAAAUGCACUUUUUCAUACUGUGCUACAUCAUUUACCAAAAGAUCCAGCUAAUCAACGUUGACCUGACUAUGCUGAGAGUAGACACGAAUAUCACAAACAAUUAUCCGUUUCUUUUACCUUCCGGUGAUCGUUACGUAAAGUUGAACAUAGUCAACUCUUUCAACUAUUCCGGCUUCAAGUUUAAUGGCAUGUCCAAAGCGUGUUUUGUCAGAUACCUCCGUAUCAAAUAUCAACUUACUGUCGAGGCUGUCAAGAAUCUGAACGACGUAUUUGGGAUACAAUUGGGCUUGUUCCUGUGCACCUUGUGGUUAAUGACCUCGUUGACUAUGUAUUAUGAUUUAACCCGUGGUGAACAUUCAAGCUAUGAUAAUAUUACCAUAUCCAAAAUAAUCUUAUACGGAUGGGUUUUGCAAUACACAACUCGAUUUAUCUUGAUCACAUUAAUCGCACACACUACGACUAAAGAGGCUUGCAAGACUAAAGUGCUCAUAACCGAUAUAAACAAUCGUUUUUUAGAUCCAGGCACAAAAGAAGAACUGCAACUUUUUUUCAAUCAAAUAUCCAGCAAUUCAAUGGAAUUCACAGCUUGUGAUUUUUUCACUUUAAAUACUCACCUGAUAACUUCUGCAAUUGCUGCAGGAACGACAUACUUGGUUAUACUUCUGCAGUUUAACUCUAGCAAUAAACAAUAA